AUGGGAAAGCAGAGUAUUGAUAUGCGUUGGCGGCGUCACUCUCAGAGGCCCUUCUUCUUGUCCCCUCCUCAGACGACAACCGCGCACUCCACGCCAUCGGCAGAGGAGUCGGAAUCAGUGGCGGUGGCGGCAUCUGGGGCUCUGCCGAGGGCGUGGGACUUCUCCAUCCGCUCGGCGAAUUCGUCAUGGUUGGGUGAUACGCUAUGGAGGAGUGUCGCCAUUGGCGACGGCGGGACUGGGGGCAGCGGACCGGAGGAGGAGAAUGAGGAGGACAUGGUGACUGUUGUGACUGUGGUGGCAAUGGUGGUGACAGUCAAUGGACCGCCAAGCGCCCAGCGCACGUGCUAG